AAGAGUACCAGAUGUAUAGAAGCAGAACAGAGAUGGAAAGAAAUCAGGUGAAAACCAAAGAUUUCAGUCUGACCCUGAAAUACCCCACAGAUAAAGACAGCUACACCUACACCUGCACCAUCCACAGCAAUGACAAGAAAAUCCUGCUGAAGAAACGAGUGGAGCUGAAGGUCAAAGUUUGUCAGGUGGAGGUGGAGGAGGGGAAGGAGUUUGUGGUGCUGCCCUUCAUAACCACACCUGAAUCGCUUGAUGGCGUCGAAGUGAGAUGGUUUUACUACAAAGAUGACGGACGCAAGGAGCUCCUUGUUUAUUCAAGGGAUUCUGUUGAACACCAUGUUGAUUACAGAAACAGAACAGAGAUGAAUGAAAACCCACUGGGAUCUGGAAACCUCAGUCUGACCCUGAAAGACCCCAAAGACACUGACAGUGGAAAAUACAGAUGUUAUGUUACGAAAAAUAAUGACAUCAUCACAGUGAAAACGGUGCUCCUAAAAGUCAAAGUUUGUCAGGUGGAGGUGGAGGAGGGGAAGGCGUCUGUGCAUCUGCCCUUCAUAACCACACUUGACCUGCCUGAUGACAUCAGAGUGAGAUGGUUUUACUACAAAGAUGAUGAACCCAAGAAGCUCCUUGUUUUUUCAAAGGGUUCUGUUGAACACCAUGAUGAUUACAGAAACAGAACAGAGAUGAAUGAAAACCCACUGGGAUCUGGAAACCUUAGUCUGACCCUGAAAGACCCCAAAGACACUGACAGUGGAAAAUACAGAUGUUAUGUUAAGAAAAAUAAUGACAUCAUCACAAUGAAAACGGUGCUCCUAAAAGUCAAAGUCUCCUCUGCAGACAGAGCUCAGCAUAAAGAAGAAAGACAAAGGAACCAAGACUUAUUCACUGAUCUGAUUCCUCUGAUGACCACUCAUGAAGUCUGAUUGCUCUGUACAUCUUACCUUGCUUUGAAAGGACAUGGAAAUCCAGGACCAAAGAUAAAAAAUUACUACAGAUAAGAAAGCAAUUCAUCUGUAAAAAUGAAAUUAAUUUUUUGUAAUAAUUUUUUAUCAAUUUAUAAUUUUUAAUAAAUAUGCUGCACAUUGGCCA